GCAGGCAAGAUGGCCGCGGCCGUGCAGGACUCACGUGUAGCUGCUGGGAAAAAGCUGAAAAAGUCCCUGAAAAAGAAGAAGAAGAAGAAGAUGAAAAUAGUGGCCAAAGCUGUGGCCUCAGAGCUGGACGAUGAAGUCCGAGAGGCGUCGGACAGCGGAGGUUCUGGAGGCAGCCGUGGGCUGUCUGAUGAUGAAGCAGUGGAAGCAGACAAUGAAGAGGAUGCUGAACCCUGGGACAAAGAAAAGGAAAAUGCUGCUGACUCCGGUGCCGGGACUAAUGCAGGAUGGGCAGAUGCCAUGGCUAAAAUUCUUAGCAAGAAAACACCUAAAAGCAAGCCCACCAUUCUCAUCAAAAACAAAGAGCUAGAAAAGGAAAAAGAAAGGCUGAAGCAAGAACGACUAGAGAAAAGAAAACAGCUUGAUAAGAAGCGAGAGUGGGAAAUGGCGUGUAGAGCAAAGCCAGAUGUUGUCCAAGACAGAGACGCAGAGAAGAAUCUUCAGAGAAUCGCGACGAGGGGUGUGGUGCAGUUAUUCAAUGCUGUUCAGAAACAUCAGAAGAAUGUGGACGAGAAGGUUAGAGAGGCCGGAGGCUCUGUUAGAAAGCGUGCUAAGUUGGUAUCAAGUGUUUCCAAGAGAGAUUUCAUCAGUGUUCUCAGAGGAAUGGAUGCAACUACAAACGAGAAAAGUUCAUUGGAAAAGAAGGCAAAAGCCAAACAGACUGCCGUGAAAUCAGCAGAGGGCCCAGGUUGGAGCAUUCUGCGGGACGACUUCAUGCUGGGGGCCUCCAUGAAGGACUGGGACAAGGAGAGUGAUGGCCCCGAGGGCAGCAGCACGGGGCCUGCGAGUGACUGAGGCCUGCCGCAGUGACGCUGUGGACGAGCUGGAGCGAGGGC